AUGAACAUUCAAUUCUUGUUUGAAAACGGGAAAGGAUUUGUCGUCAACGAGUAUGGCAGACCUGAACCAAUGGAUUAUAUUGUUGAUGAGGAACAGUUUUGUCUUGAAACGUUGAGUUCUCAUACACAAUAUUUAGCUCAACUGUCUCUGGAGAGCGAGAAAAGGAUAGAUACAAUGCAGUUAGAAAAGGAGGUAAAGCCUAAUGGUGAUGUCAUUAUUAGGGAAACUUCAGUGAAGGGAAAUUAUACGCGCUAUUCUGAUCAGGACAAGGUGAGGUUCUUCAAGCUGUUGUUUGAGAGGUGCUUGAGUGCGGCCGCAGCUGCAGAACAACUUGGGAUUCAUGUUCGUACAGCACAAAAAUGGGCUGCGCAAUACGAGAAAGAUCCUGACAGUAUCUUUGAGAAACGGAGAAAGACUGGCCGUCCAAGUAUUCUCCAUGACGAACACAAAAACGCUAUUCUUGUGGUGAUCCAGACACUUGGACGUUGGACCUAUUACAUCUAA